AGGGGAACAAACAUUUUGCUAUUUCCUCCUCUCGGAUACGAGCUGCGUGACGCUGACUGUCCACCUAAACAUAUAUAUCUGCAUUUAUCAUCUUCCCAUUGAGUUUUGAGUGAAGACUGUGGUUAUUAUUUGUGUGCCGUUGUUUGUGCUUCAUCAUGGCAGUCGUCAUCCGUUUACAGGGACUGAGUGUCACAGCAGAAUCUGCAGAUAUUCGCAGGUUCUUCACGGGCCUCAAAAUUCCAGAUGGAGGUGUGCAUAUAAUUGGCGGACCUCUAGAGGAAGCUUUCAUUAUCUUUGCUUCAGAUGAAGAUGCCAGAAGAGCCAUUGCACGGUCAGGGGGAUUCAUUAAUGGGUCACCUGUGAGAUUGUUGCUAAGCAGCAAACAAGAAAUGCAGAGUGUGCUUGAAAGAGCAACGCAAAAGGCAAACUUUGAUCAGAUGGGGCGACCUGAGGGCAAUGGGAGAGCAACUCGAAGAUCCAUGGAGUCCGAGGUGGACAGAAGAUCAAGAAGCCGGUCGGGUUAUAGCCCUCCUUCCCUGCAUCAACGGCCGUCAGUCACCAAUCCUGACCCUUUCAUUGUGUUUCUUAAUGGUAUGCCUUUCUCAGUAACAGAACAAGAUGUGUACAAAUUCUUUCACGGUUUGUGCAUUGUUGACAUUAUCUUGUGUAAACACGAAAGUGGCCAAAACAAUGGCAAAGGCUUUGCCAAAUUUGCAUCGAAGGAGGAUACAUUGGAGGCCCUAAAGCAUGAUGGGAAAUACAUGGGGUCAAGGUAUGUUGAUGUUCGCCAAACAACAGCUGAUUUUUGGCGGAAAGCUGCUGCUAGAAGGCAAGCCGCUAACGACACAAUGGAGACAUUUGAAAGGGGAAGAGCACCUGUUCGCAAUCGGAGAACCCCAGAGUAUCAAGCUAGGUCUCGAUCCCCUGUGGGCCCGAGGCCAGUUGGUCCUAAUGAGGAGGAAUACUGUGUGCUGUUGGACAAUCUGUCCUUUGCAGUGGAAAAAGAUGACAUAAGGCACCUUUUUCGUAAUGCAAAACUCGAGAAUGAUCAGAUUCUGUUUCUAACUGACGAUUCUGGCAGAAGAACCAGGUCGGCCUUUGUGCUCUUCAAGAGCAUCAGUGAGUAUUGGGAUGCUAUAAGUAAGGAGAAGGUGCAUUUUCUUAAUCGAUGGAUUCAUAUCCGGUCCAUCUCAAGAGAGAACAUGAUCAGGCUACUGGAGUCUAAAAAUGAACCAAGUGGAUCACCUGGUAACUCUGAAAAAUAUCAGGAAAGGCCUUCAUCUUCCUUUACUAGGGACCCUUAUGACUCUGAGAAAAUCUGUGCAUUUGUAAGGAACCUCCCAUUUGACGUGAGAAAGGUUGAGAUAAUAGAUUUUUUUAACGAGUUUAAUGUCACAGAGAACAUGGUACGGGUUCUGUAUGACCAUAAAGGUGAAGGGGUCGGGCAGGCUUUGGUUCUCUUUGAGUCUGAGAGGGAGGCAAUGGGGGCCCUUUCUCUCAAUGGACGGCGGUUUCUGGGCUCUGAAGUUGCAGUGAAGUGCAUUACUCGUGCUCAGAUGGACCAGCUGUCCAAAGAGCAACCAGAAGUACAGCAGGCGUUACCGAAAACGGGGCAGAACUUUGCCAGGAACAUGGAGCCUUACUAUGGAUCUGGUGAGAAUGCUUCAUACUCUGAUAUGAGGAAAUCCAGGGAAGGUAGUUUACCUAUUCAAGAGGAGCGUAUCCGUGGAGGCUAUGACUCCGAACCUCGUGGGGUAAGAGCUCAUUCUCCGCGGGACAGGCGCAGUGGAGGACGUGGGAGGUUUGGUGCACCUACUCAGCAGUACGAUGGUCCCACCUGUGUGCAGUUGGUUAACCUGCCGUUCCAGAUCAGGACUGAGGAGGUUUAUGAUUUCUGUUACGGAUAUCGCAUCAUACCCGGAUCCGUUUCACUUCAGUACGAGGCCAGCGGAAAACCUAAAGGCUCGGCCACUUUGGUUUUCGAGUCUCGCCAGGAGGCCUUAACUGCAAUUCGGGAGCUGAGUGGAAGGCCGAUCGGACCGAGAAAAAUACAGCUCAUACUUGUUUGAAAUAUUUUGUAGAUACAGAAAAAAAUAACAGCUGCAUAAGUUUUUGUGGGGGGUUUUUUGUACUUUUUUUUUUUUUUAGACAGAUGGAAAUGCAGCAUAGCUCCUUUGACAUAUAUUUAUUUUUGUAUUUUUUAUUCCAUGAAACUAGGCGGUUAUUUUUUUCUUUCCACUGAUGAAUAUGUACAUUUCUUUGAAACAUUAUUUGGGGUAUGUACAGGUAAAAAAAAACAUGUCAUACAUUGUUUUCAAAAUUAAAAAUAAUUUCAGUUUGA